GCAUACGCACAGACACUCUCGGUCUCUUUCUUUCUCACAUAUAUUAUCACAGAAAGUUCUAAUCGUGUUCCCUUCGUCUUUUUUCAGCAAUCUCUUCCAUACUCAACCUGCACGCAAAGUUUUGAUUUCAGUAGCCACCCUCACACACCUUCAAGAAAUUCAAGGAUGAUAAGGGCAUUGAAUUACUACUUCUUUCAAGAACGUGUUUUCUUGUAUUGUGGUAUGCCGUCGUAUCAGGUGGAAAUCAAAAUUAGGGUUUUGCAAUAAAUUCGAGAGGAUAAUCGAUAAAAUGGGGAAUAAAUUGGGUCGAAAGAGACAGCUGGUGGACGAGAAGUAUACAAGGCCUCAAGGGCUGUACCAGCACAUGGAUGUAGAUCAUAAAAAACUUCGUAAGCUUAUACUCGAUUCUAAGCUCGCUCCUUGUUAUCCUGGUGAAGAUGAUGACUCUAUCUGCGAUCUUGAAGAAUGCCCAAUUUGCUUCUUGUAUUAUCCAAGUCUGAAUCGUUCAACAUGCUGCAUGAAAGGCAUCUGUACAGAGUGUUUUCUGCAGAUGAAGACACCCAACUCAGCACGCCCGACACAGUGCCCAUUUUGUAAAACCUUUAACUAUGCUGUGGAGUAUAGAGGGGUGAAGACUAAGGAGGAAAUGGGGUUGGAGCAAAUUGAAGAACAACGGGUGAUAGCUGCAAAAAUAAGAAUGAGACGGCGAGAAAUUCAAGAUGACGAGGAAAGGAUGCUAAGAAGGCAAGAGAUGAGCUCUUCAAGCAGCAUAAUUGAUCCAAAUGAGGUUGGAAAUAUCUCAGUAAUAGUGCCGUGUUCUUCCGAAGGUGAGGAAAUCGUUUCUACUCAGCAGCUAGGUGGUUCGGCAAUCACCCAUCCUUCAGGCUCUACGCAAAACAGAGAUGAUGAAUUUGAUCUCGAGAACAUAAUGCUUAUGGAAGCCAUCUGGCUCUCGUUUCAGGAGGAUGACAAGCGCCACCGUAGCUACGGUGACGCUACUCAAUUAGCAAAGUACGCAGCUGAACAUCGUAUUUCAGCAGCCAUGUCCCCACGGGCCGAAUCGACCUCGUCCUCAUCACCUUCUGGUGGUCUGGCAUGUACAAUAGCAAGACAGCAAGUAGGAGGAGAAUCGUCAAGUAACAGCAGGUUUUCGGGAAGGGAAGAGGGAUCGGAGAUGGUAGAAAGCGGUGGCUAUGAUGAUUGGAGUACAGUAGAUGAUGGCGGUGGUCGAACCACCGGAGCAUAUCCCCUACACGAUGACAUGGCAAUGGAGAUGGAGAGUUUUGAAGAGCAGAUGAUGGUGGCCAUGGCGGUUUCACUUUCGGAGGCUCGUGCUCGGACCGCUUCCCCCGAGAUCGAAUGGCGUUAAUUAAUGCAUCUUUUUUCUUUCAUAUGUGAAACAGAAAGAUAGAUUUGAGUGAAUGUAAAGAGCUGGUUGUUUGUUGUUAAUGGAGUCGGUAGAUGAACAAUGUUGCCCUUUUUGGGUUUAAUUUGAUCAAAUAUAUUUAACAGGUU